GCAAACCAGACAUCAGACUGGACGCAGUGAUGAGGACUGCGAUGCUCCGAGGUCCCAAAAUAGCUGUGCAAAGAUUCGUUUUAUAGACAAAAACGCAGAAUUUUGGGAUUCUACAGUAAUUUUAAAGAAAAGGCAAUUCACAAAACCAACUUUAACGGAGUGAGCUGGCACAAAAUCGCACAUGACAGAUAUAACCAUACACUGGAUAGCAGUCCUGAAUCUGGGUUUGUGAUGUGACCGCUGGCUUUUACGCACAAUGGAGGAUCUUUUACGCGAUCAGGAAAGUUGGACGCAGAACGUUUCAUGGAGCAACUCAAGCCGUGGAAACGAAAGCCAUUUGGGCAACAACACAGUGAAUCCUUUGAAACGAAAUGAAGAAGUGGCCAAAGUGGAAGUUACCGUCCUGGUCCUGGUGUUGCUGCUCGCUCUGACCGGUAACCUAUGCGUCUUGUGCGCUAUUCACACCACCAAGCACAGCCAGUCACGGAUGUAUUACUUCAUGAAACACCUGAGCAUCGCAGACCUCGUCGUUGCAGUCUUUCAGGUCUUGCCUCAACUCAUUUGGGAUAUCACUUUUCGUUUCUACGGGCCGGAUUUGCUGUGCAGGUUGGUCAAAUACGUCCAGGUUGUGGGUAUGUUUGCAUCUACCUACAUGCUCGUCCUGAUGUCCGUCGACAGGUGCUUAGCAAUCUGCCAACCACUUCGCUCCGUGCAUAAGAGAAAGGACCGCUUCUGUGUGAUCGCUUCUUGGAUGCUCAGCCUGUUAUUCAGCACUCCUCAAGCAUACAUAUUUUCUCUGAAGGAGGUCGGGAACGGUGUGUAUGACUGCUGGGGGGACUUUGUGCAGCCAUGGGGUGCCAAAGCAUACAUCACAUGGAUGACUUUCAGCAUUUACAUUUUUCCAGUGGCAAUUUUAAGCAUUUGCUAUGGUUUGAUAUGUUAUAAAAUAUGGCAGAAUUUCAAUUUAAAAACCAGAAGGGAGCACUUCCUGGCUCUCACUCCACGGGCCUCCAAAGGCGCUCAUCCGCUUACUCGUGUGAGCAGCGUGAGGCUCAUUUCGAAAGCAAAGAUCCGCACAGUGAAAAUGACAUUUGUAGUGGUCCUUGCCUACAUUGUAUGCUGGACUCCCUUCUUCUUUGUCCAGAUGUGGUCUGCAUGGGAUCCUGCUGCACCAAGAGAAGACAUGGCCUUCAUCAUCGCCAUGUUGUUGGCCAGUCUCAACAGCUGUUGCAACCCCUGGAUCUACAUGUUUUUUGCUGGUCACCUCUUCCAUGACCUGACGCAUUGCUUCUUCUGCUGCUGCAGACAGUACCUUACAGACUCUUCCUGCAGCUGUGAUCGACAGAGCAGGCACAAGAGCACCUCCUCCACUUACGUCAUCAAGAACACCAACAGCCAGCGGAGCCUCACACACACGUCCAGCACAGGGGGGCCAGGGCAUUGAAAAGCCAGCUGAAAGCUCUCCAAGUUUCCUGUAGUCAAGUAAUCUGGCAAUCAUGCAAUUCUUACUUUCAGUCAUUUAAUUAUCUGCAGCGGCACUGCAGUGUCUAUAGCAUCAAGUUUGUUUUCAGAUGUUUUAACCUGAGGUAAAUAGACUAUGUAAGCCUUCAUUCCAGACAACACCCUGCACCCUGUGAUAACAGAGAGAACAAAAUGUCAUUGUGUCCAAAAUGUGAUGAAAAGACUUCUGCAUCAGCUGCAUCUGGCACCAGUCUAAAUCUCUAAGGAUGUGUGCCCUUGGCUUUCCCAAAACAUUGCUUUCCUUUUGCAUUCUCUUUGCAUCAAAGUCUUGUUUAUAAUAUUUCUCUUAUAUUGUGGACUUCAGUAUUUCAAGAUUUAUCCUUGGGUUUUCUGUAUAAGCAACCACAAGCAAGUUGUUUGUAUACUUCGUUCAGUUUUGAAACUUAAAUUCUUGUUCCAACAGCAGUUGUCCUGACUUGACCUUAAAAGACAAUUACAUUGAUAUUGUACAAGGAAAUUCUCUAUUGGAAGGCAAAGAAAAUGUGUAAAUGCAAUUUCAGAUGUUGCUCUGUGCAAAUCAGCACUUAUUCAGUUACUGUGAUGAUUGUUGAAUGAUUGUUUGAUUGAUUACUUUGUGUACAAGCAUUUUAUCCUCGACAUGCAUGAAUAACAUUAAGGUUAUUAAGAUAAUAUUCAAACUUAAAGUUUUGGUUAGUGCAAAUAUCUCCAUUGUUACAACACAGCAAUCCAUCCAUCAACAAAUCCACCAACAAAGCAAAGUCCAUAAGGAUGUGUUUUACAUCAAGGAGAUUGGUUUCAGUGUUUUCCACAGACUUUCUUGAACCACGGGAUCAAACAGUGUUUAUCCUUUAUAAUGUAACAUGAAAUUAACUUUGUAAAUAGUUUCCGCUGCUCCUUGUGUGUGUAUUGACACAUCAUCAUUUUUAUCAACUCCAUCUCUUUUUUUAAAGGUUCUGGGUAACUGUUGUACAUGGACUUCAGGUUGUAGGCACAAUAAAACUAGU